AUUGAUCAGGCAUGGCCGACGCGGGAAGAAAACCAUAAUAUUUACAAGUUUAAUUUUUGUUUUGCACAGGUUACAAAUCAAGUAUGAGUGGAGAUGGUGAAGAAAUUGGAGACUCCCCCCAGGUUACACGGAACCCCUCCCCGCCACCAGAGCUCUGCCAGAAUGAUGAGGUGCAUGGAGACAGUAUUGGUCAGACUGCCUUCAGUAAACACUGGCUGUUCACCACCCUGAUGAAACUCAUUCAGGAAGUGGACAAGGAGAAUGAGGGUAAAGAGGCUGCUGAGUCAGAGUUUGGGGUGGAUGUGGAUGAAGACCUUCAGAACGAGCUGUGUAAGCUCUGGGACAUGUCCAUGAAUCCUGAGGUUGCAUCUUUCCUAGAUGAAUUCAAAGCAGUGGAGAUUUUGACUGGUGUGAUUGCUAAGUCCAAAGCCCCAAGAGUGACUGAGAUCUGUGUGGGUAUUCUGGGCAAUAUGGCGUGUGAUAAAGAGAUAUGCAAGGUCAUCACAGCAUGUGAUAAGCUGGUGAAGAUGAUUGUCAUGAUGGUUGAAAAUCCAGACCCUCCAACUCUAGUGGAAACAACAAGGCUGGUGUACACCUGUCUGUCGAACCGUGAAGCGGGGAGUACAUGGAUCACCAGCAUCAAGUCAGACUCAACAUUCUUCACCAACAUUUGCUUCAUCCUCCACAGUUCCACAAACACCGACCUGCUGAAGAACACAGGCGAGUGUGUGGAUGCCCUCCUGGAUCAGGAUGAAGAGCUGUGUGGAGACUGGGCAACUCAGGACCUGGUGGAGUCACUCCUCGAGGCUGUCAAACAGAUAGGGUACAGUCACAGUGAGACACUGGAGACGUUCAUGCACAUCUUCCAGUUGCUAUCUACGUCUGAGGCAGGUGUGACAGCUCUAGUUCUCUGUGCGGAUGUGCUGCAGAUUCCACUGUUGAAGUAUCUACUUGGUGUGUGCGAGUACGAGAUCGUGGGGCUGGAUGGUCACGAGGACUGCCUGGCGUCAGCGCUGUCCGUGCUGAAUGUGCUGUACAGCUCCUCGCCAGACGUUGUAGAUAAACUGUCAUCAGCCCCGGACCUCAUUCGAAUCCUUCUCAAAAUCCUGGAGCCCUUGUUUCCACUCCUACCCGAAAACACAGAAACCCUGAAAACAGUUUCCAGGUAUUCCAAAACAGCCACCAUCCCCCCUCCUCCAGACAAAUCUACAGGGGAAGAGUCCAGUGAAAACGGACACACAAGCAAGGACACAGAUGACACAGAGGAUGGCGGGGACAAACAGAUGUCCAUUGAGGGAGUGUCCAGUCCUGCACCAACAGAAUCUCACACAACAGAGGCAGAAGUGCACAAGUACAGACUACUAUAUGGGGUGUUGAAAGACUUCCUGCAUGAUGUCGUUGUGUCCUUGGUAACAGAUGAUGAUGACGCCCACGAUGCCCCCACCCCUCCUCUCUUCAUCUCCGUCCUGAACUACCUCAACUCCAACUGCAGCCGCGCCAGGAUCAAUUACAUGCUACUGUCCUUUCACAAUGUCAAACACAGCGAUGUCGACCUUACAGACCACUUGUUUCACUUGUGUCAGAAAUAUUCUCAAGACAGACUGCGACGCAUUGUCCAAGACUUCAAGGAAGGGGAAAUAUUCUUCCGUUCUGACUCUCUGAGCGUUGAGGAAAAGCGGUAGCGAUGCGUGAAUGAUCGUUUUGUUUUGCACACCAUGCAUACUGCUCAACAAUCACUGGGGGUAGUGUAGGUCUCGGCCAAUGGUUUGGAUGUAAAUCAAGAUACACUAGAACAUGUACAACUAUUUCUUAUCCUGACAACAUAUUGCAAUUUCCUUCUUCACUCCAAUCAUAUUACAGAGAACCCAAAACGGGUCCACAUUUCACCACAUAAUAUAACAUAGUAACCUCAUAGGAUGGGAUAAAUAUGUGAAGAACGUUUGAUAAGACCGAUGUCAAAGGAUAUUAUUCCCCAAAUCAAAGCACACAUGUAACCUGUUGUGGGAUGAAAAGGAAAGUGAGGGAUCAAGGACAGAUAACUCUGAUAGGUAACCAAGGUAACUCUGAUGUAGAAGAGGCACAUUUAGGGUUCUGUGUUAUGAUUAUAGUGAAGCAUUAAAUUGCAAUGUGUAUAAAUAUAAUUAAUAUGGGGAAGAUUGUGCCAGAUUAAAAAAACAGUUUUGGGCAUCUUGAUGGUGUUUUUUCUUCACAACUUGAUUCAUACAUACAAUUUCUGGUUUAAUCGUUUUGAAAAUCCCUUUGAGGAUGUGAACAUUUUUAAGUUUUAGAGGGGGGAAUGUCAACUUUUUAAAGUUUUUAUCCUAAAUUUUGGAGCUCUCCUUUACUUCAUAUUAAAUUUCAUCAUGAUAAAUCAAAAAUGGCAAAACAUUGAUAGCCAGUCAUUUGUCAGAUUUUCAUGUGAAAGUGUACAAAGAUUGUUUAAACUAACUCAGAUUGUGUAUGUAUGGAGACAGCAAUAGUGUCUUUAUGGUUUGCUCACAGACUUUUGAAAAUAUUAUGCCUCACCUUGCUGCCAAAGCAGCCUUACUGCAAAUCACAUUUCCUCAACUUGAUCCCCCUGUGUGUAUCCUUUUCAUUAUGAGGUGGUUCACUUUUAUGUUACUUGGAUCCUGCCAACUAAAAAAUCAGGGAGGAAUACAAAAAAGUUUAAAGAUUUUAUUUUGUUAAUGCCAAGACUGAUAAUCAUGCUUAUGAAUAUGAAAAUCAAUGGUUAUCCAAACUGUGUUGGUUUGUUCCCAUGGAAAUGCUAUAAAAUAAUUAACAUUCCUGUCAUGUUUGAAAAAAAUGACAUAAAAGAAAAUACAGAAUUUGAAAAAAGUUCUCUUAUCCUAAUGACCCUAUCAUUCUUAACAGGCAAAAAAUAUUAAUUGAAGAAACUAAAAUGUUUGGAUUUUU